AUGAGACAUCUAAAACCAAUCCAAAAUGUGUUUCUAAGAUAAGAUUACAAUAUUGGAAAAAUUAAUUUAGUAGUCCUACAUGGUUUUAUGGGUUCCAAGACAAAUUUUAAAAAUUUAGUUAAUAGUACUCAAAUAAGUAAACAUCUAAAAUCAGCAUACUUAUUAGAUAUUAGGUAAAAUAUUAAUAUAUAUUUUAGAAAUCAUGGAGAUUCUCCUUAAACUUAGACAAUGAGUUAUGAAGAAAUGGCAUGUGAUUUAAAACACUUUAUUGUUAAUCAUAAUCUAGAUAAUGUAGUCUUGUUAGGACAUUCAAUGGGAGGAAGAAUUAUAUUUUCAUAUUUGGAAAACUUUCCUAAUGAUAGACCUAUUGGUAAUGUAAUAGUAGAUGUUGGGCCUGGAGAAAGACAAGGGAAAAAUUAUGUUAAGAAAUUAUAAGAAAUUGAUCUUAAAAACAAAAGUCUAUAAGAUAUUGAGACUAAUAUUCUUGAACUUGUAAAGAGCAAAGAAAUGACUAAAUUGAUAAUGACUAAUCUUGUAUCUACAAAUAAAGUAGGAACAAAUGUCAAUUAUGUAUGGAGAUUGAAUAUUGAUUCAAUAUCUAAUUUUUAGAAAUAGGGUAAUAAGGAAUUUAGAAGUACUUAUGAUGGUCCUGUGUGUGUAAUAUGUGGAGAAAGAUCAGAAUAUGUGAAUUACAAUGAUAGAGACAGAUUUUUAUAAGUUUUUCCAAAAAUAGAUAUUAAUAAAGAUAUACAUUUUAUUGCAGGUGCAGGACAUUGGGUUUAAGUAGAAAAACCUAGAGAGUUUAUUAAUUUGACUAGUCAAUAUUUAUCAUAAUUUUGA